AUGGACCGCCAUCAUCUGCGCAUGCCGUUGACGAGGCCCUGGAGUUUGAUAGGGGCGAGCCGUGGCAGCGAGCAGAAUGCGUCGACCCGCCUGGCAUUCCUCGUGGUCGACCGCGCUCGGAUGUUGCGCCGAUCAGGCCUACUCUGCUUGGCAGCGCCGCUAGUGGCGUCCAAGCUGGUGCAAGCUGCUGGCUCUUUCGGAUCCUUCAAAGACGUGUCCAAGCCAGCCGCUGCUCAAAGCGUCGUUGCUUUCCGUGGAAAUUGUUAUGAUGUCAUCUAUGACGAGAAGGGUGGACCGCAAGAUCUCGGUCGCCUCGUCGUAUGCCCCUAUGGCUCGCCAGCGACAGGUGACGUCGCUGAGUGCUUGGAUCAGGUGAACCGAAUAGCUGCCGAGCGAAUCAAGAAGGACAUCGUGGUCCUGUUGGAUUUCACCGAUUUCGUGUGGCCUUCGCCGAUGAUGGCAUACCGCUGCUUCUUUCCGAUCAUUCGGGAGCGAUUGCCGGCGGAGGAGCUCCGAGAGAAGACCCAGGCCUUUGCAAUCGUGCAGCAGGAGCGCUUCUGGAUUCGUCCUGUGGUGGAUGCUGUGCUCCUCAUGGCGCAGCCAGAGACAGCUCCAAUCUUUGCUCAGGACCGCCACGAGGCCUCCGAUCUCAUCUCAAAGCGCUUUGAGAGCCACGCUGCAGGGUAG